UAAUGCAUAAUACAUAAUACAUUGUCAGUAUUGUAAAAGCGGUCGACAGCAGUUUCUACGGCAUCCGGUUCAGUUUCUCACGUAGCUUUACGUUGAAUGAAACUGCGCAUUAUAUUUUCCGAAGAGCGCGGAAUUUUAUGACCAGGUAUUCUCCAAACACUACUACGCAAGAUUUGUAACUUAGCCCUAGUAAUGUGAUCAACGACAACGGAGGAAACGCGCCAGCUGUACGGAGAGGCUUAAAUGGAUAUCAGAGUAGAGGGAGAAAAAAUGAUAAUGGCUUCAAGAAAUGGACAUUAAAACCGACAAAAUGGGAACUGUCAUCGAUUUAUAAUACAGAGAUAUAUUCGAAAGUGUUAAGGUUCUGAUGUGCCACCAGUUUCCUCUCGACACAAACUUUGAUAUGCUCUGCCUUCAUACUUCGACACAAGGAAUGCCUUACACAUCUCUGCAAAACCACCUGGAGGGGACACAAAGAAUGGAAACCAAUGCCAGACACCGCUUCAGUUUUACCAGCUAGGGACGUGUGCAUUUGUCCUUCUCCAGAGGAACGUACUCCUCUAUGGUUGGAUUUAAGGAAUAUUCCAUAUGAUGUCUUUGCGCUGAAUCAUAUCGCCCUUGGAUUGUCUGCUAUACCUUCCCCAUCUAUAAAAGCAGUUAAUGUCUAGUUUAAUCUACAUGUGUAGAGCUGUGUUGUGGAUAAACCAUUCCCUCCACUCUCUUUCUCUCUAAAUUCCUCUCCUCCAUCCCAUUCCCCGGCCCCUGUUGUUAGUUGUUUUGGUGGCUCUGUGAUUUUAUGGCAGUGGAGUAAUCGUGGAGAGGCCGGGGUAUCACAAGCUUAUGGAUUUUGAUAAGAGAGGAGGAGGAGGAAAAGGAGAGUCGGAGGAAGGAAAGAGAAUGUCUAAGACUGGUGGGAGCAGGACAGGGCAUGGGGGCAGCCGAGGCUCUGGGUCCAACUCUGGGGUGCUUAUGGUUGGCCCUAAUUUCCGAGUAGGAAAGAAGAUCGGCUGUGGGAACUUUGGCGAGCUUCGACUCGGGAAAAAUCUUUACACCAAUGAAUAUGUGGCCAUUAAACUGGGUGUUCCUCAGGUGUACUACUUUGGGCCUUGUGGGAAAUACAAUGCCAUGGUGCUGGAGCUGCUGGGCCCCAGUCUGGAGGACCUGUUUGACCUCUGCGACAGAACCUUUUCCCUCAAGACCGUCCUGAUGAUCGCAAUUCAGCUGAUCACUCGGAUGGAGUAUGUGCACACAAGAAGUCUGAUCUACAGGGAUGUUAAGCCCGAGAACUUUUUGGUGGGUCGGCCAGGGACCAAGAGGCAACAUACGAUCCACAUCAUCGACUUUGGGCUUGCCAAAGAAUACAUCGACCCUGAGACCAAAAAACACAUCCCUUACAGGGAGCACAAGAGCUUAACAGGGACCGCUCGCUACAUGAGCAUCAACACACACCUGGGGAAGGAGCAAAGCAGGCGGGACGAUUUGGAGGCGCUGGGUCAUAUGUUUAUGUACUUUCUACGAGGCAGUCUGCCCUGGCAAGGUUUAAAGGCUGACACACUGAAGGAGCGCUAUCAGAAAAUUGGAGAUACCAAAAGGGCAACCCCUAUAGAAGUGCUCUGUGAGAGUUUCCCUGAAGAAAUGGCCACCUACCUGCGCUAUGUGCGGAGACUGGAUUUCUUUGAAAAACCGGAUUACGACUACUUGAGAAAACUCUUUACAGACCUCUUUGACAGAAAUGGCUAUGUCUUUGACUAUGAAUAUGACUGGGUUGGCAAGCCGCUGCCGACUCCAAUAGGACCCAUGCCUAGUGACACACCUCUGCAGCCCAGCAGCAGAGACAAAGCACAAGCACAGACCAAAAACCAGUCUCCAGAACCUAAAGGAAGUGAGUCCCAGCCCACUCCCGUGACCAACAGGGAGCUCCUGGGGUCGCACCUCACGGCCGAUAGGCUGGGGGGCUCUGUCCAGGUUAUGAGCUCAACCAACGGAGAAGUGAAUACAGAUGAUCCCACGGCGGGACACUCCAACGCUCCCAUAACUGCUCCUGCUGAGGUAGAGGUGGCUGAUGAUACAAAGUGCUGUUGUUUUUUCAAGAGGAGGAAGAGGAAAGCGCUCCAGCGGCACAAGUGAGGAGGAACAUCUUUAAAAACGUUAAGAUCACGGGUGCGUUUAAAGUAAAAAAUAAAAGCAAAGGACUUGAGCUGAAACGUGGAGCUCCACCUCAGAACAGAAACUCACUGCCUCACUUUUGGCAUCUGCUCAGAGGACACACCUCAGUACUCUGGGCUCUGACACUCUUUGUAAGGAAACAAUUCAGUGGAACAAAUAAAUAUAUUUGUACAAUGCGGGACACCAGAAAAGACCUCAGUGGUCAGAAAUAAGAUGAUAUAUGAUAUGUGACUUAAACCCAGAUGGACUGUUUAAACUUGUAUUUUAGAUGACAUGCAAAACCAUUAUUUGAGAACUAAAAGGCAACCAGACUCACACUUACACACAGACAUCCGUUCACUUUGGCACACUGGCUGGAUGAGUGAGUGAUGUGCUCCAUGGUGUUUUUUUUUUUUUUUUAUGGGAUCAAAGUAAGUGGGGAGAGACUGCUGACUGACGUAUGGAGAAAAGUACACCGGAUUCAGAAAACCUUAUGUAAAUUCUGUCAUUCCUUUUUGUUUGUGUAAUUUAAAACAUUUUGAAGAUCUGCUCUCCCAGUUUUACUCAUGUUGUAGAAUGUGUGAACAUUUUUUAACCGCUUUUAGUGUUUCUUUAUUUUCUCUUCUUUUGCUUUUUUUACUUCCUCUUUGUCCCUGUCAGUGUCGAUGUGGAUGAUGAUGAUGAUGUUGUAGCACAGUGGCUGGUCUCAGGUACUGUGGGAGACGGAGAGAAAUGCAUUGGAUCUCUCCUCUGUGAAUUGCACUUUUGGGGGGAUAAAGCAAAGCGUUUGACAUUUCUGGCAUUGAAAUGAAUAGGAAACAGGAAAUAAAGGCAGACGUGGGAUCAUUUAUCCAGCAGGCUGGUCUCUCCCACAGGGACAAAAGUGAUUCUCUCAGUCAAAAUUGUGCAUUUUUUUGUAUUUCCCAUUAGAUUAAGUUACCUGGGAAUCAUAGUUUGUGCCUUUCCAAGUAAAACUUUUAACACUAAUGUGCCCCUCUCUAUGAUUCCUAUCCAGGUGAGGUGUCCAUGGCCCUCUCAGAUUGUUUGUUCUCUAGCGUGCACUCCAUGCCAGUCUAAUGGAGCCUGUUGGCAUUUCUCAGAUUUCUUUUCACUGUUGUAAAGUGCAUCAGCAAAGCUCCAUGAAGACGUGAGUCUGUGGGCUUAUACGCAGUAACAGAGGUUGCCUAUCAGAAUAAGGAUGUGUAUUGAUUUACAUACCUAUUAAAUGUUGCUUUUCUUCUA